AAUUUUUGUUAGGGUAUUAUUUAUUCGGACCGGAUCAUAGUAAAUGAUAAAUUCCUCUAAAUAAAUAUAAUUCUAAAAAUUUAAACAGAAAAUGUUUUGAAAUCUAGCAAGCGUCCAUUUUUUUACUUUUAGUGGCAUAGUUCUAAUUCCUUUUUUAUCAUCCUAACCGGUUCCAAAACUAUGGUGAGUCCAUACCAAAAGUACUUUUAAUGUAUGGUGGCAAAAAUAGGGGAAUAUAUUAUAUAUCUAACUUGCAAUAUAUAAUAAGGCUUAAUUAAUUAGUAGAGCCUUAAGUAUUAAAUUUUAUCAGUUGCACGUUUAUGUCAUUACAAUGGUGUAUCUGCCUCGUUAAUUUAAAGCUCUCAAAGUUGAUCUUCCAUGUGACCUUCUCCUUCUUUUCAGAGAUUCUUCUCUCCAUUAGCGAUCCCAACUUCACAAUUCUCACUACCAUUCCACUUUCUUACGCAUGCAUAUAACCCUUCUCUCUUUUGUCAAAAAAGAAAAAGAAAACCCUUCUUCCUCUCUCUCUCUCUCUCUCUUCUGAAACUUUUCUUUCUCUUACAAGAUUGAAAGAUUACAACAUAUAAGAUCAGCUCAUCAAUGAAACUGUUAUUCUUGUUAGUUCUGUAUCAUUUGGCCACCUUCGCUUGUGGUUCGCCACUUGCACCAGCACUCUAUGUUUUUGGAGAUUCUUUAUUUGAUAGCGGAAAUAACAAUCUCUUGCCAACUCUUGCCAAGGCAGAUUUCCAACCUUAUGGCGUCAAUUUUGCUAAUGGAGUUACAGGAAGAUUCACUAAUGGUAGAACCGUUGCUGAUUUUAUUGCCGACUUUCUAAGGCUGCCAUAUCCUCCUCCAUUCUUGAGCAUUAGAAAAUCAACUCCGCUUACGGGUUUGAAUUUUGCAUCUGGAUGUUGUGGCAUUCUUCCUGAAACUGGAAGUUUUCUGGGAAAAUGCUUGAGUUUGAGUGAACAGAUUGAUUUGUUUAAAGCAACGGUUAAAUUAGAGCUACCAAAGCAAUUCAAAAGCCCAAAGGAUCUUUCGAAAUACUUAUCAAAGUCCAUAUAUAUAUUCUCUAUAGGCAGUAAUGACUACAUAAAUUACUUUGAUACUUCAAUCUUUCACUUCAGCAAACACCAGACUCCUCAAGAAUUUGCCCAGCUUCUCUUGGACAAACUCUCUCAUUAUUUUGAGAAAUUGUACAAUUUGGGAGCCAGAAAGAUCCUGAUGUUUGAAAUUGGACCCAUUGGAUGCAUCCCAUCAAUCACAAGGCCGAGGCAUAAUAAAGUAGAGAAUGGAAAAUGUAAAGAAGAAGCAAACCAGCUAGUCUCAUUCUUCAAUAAUAAACUUGCUGCAAUGCUUCAAAACCUCACAUCCACUCUCCAUGGCUCCACAUUCGUUUAUGGCCAUGCCAAUUGGCUAGGUUAUGAUGCUGUUAUUCAUCCUUCCAGAUAUGGGUUAAUGAACACAAAGAAUCCUUGCUGCAAAACCUGGGGCAAUGGGACAUCUGGGUGCAUUCCAUGGCUAGCGCCAUGCUCUAAUCCAAAUAAACACUAUUUUUUCGAUGCUUACCACCUUACUGAAACUGUAUGCUCUUCCAUAGCAUCUCGUUGCAUAAACGAUCCAUCAGUUUGUUCUCCGACAGUGAAUGAGCUUGUGAGAAUGUAAUUAACAGUGUGAGAUUUAUUGUAUGCAUCAGCACAAAACAGACAGAAUGAUUCUAUUGAGACCCCAAUUACAUA